AUGCGAGGUGCCAAAACUGGUAACGCCCGCGGGUCGGACCAUAUUCUCGUUCACACGCGCCUGAUGGUUCACCUCUCAUCUGCGCCCCAAAUGCCACGUACGAGACGCCUUGAUGUCGCAAAGCUCCGACAACCCAACAUUAGCGAGAAUUCCAGUCCCGUCUUACGACCCAAGCUGACAGUGAAGGAAGUAGCAAGUGGUCACCACGGAAGACAGGCAUCUAUGGGGCAGCUGAGAAAAUUCUCGGAUCCACUCACCGGCGUCACAAUGACUGGAUUAGCGGAUGAACCCUACGGAAACGACCCGAGCCAGGUCUUGCAACGAUGCUUCCUUCCGCCAGCUCUGAAAGCGGUGUUUGCUCACUUUGUCCUAAGUGUUCAUCAAACGUCAUCCGUUGUAGUCGUAAUGGGGGACAUACAUUUACGCUCUUAUCGCAAGGCUCAUGGGCAAAGAGAAACCUCACAAUAUUGA